AUUCUCACUGCGCAUGCGUGGCUCAGGGAGCGCGCAGCACGGUGAUCGGCGGUGCGCUGUGUCCCUCGGACACAGUGGAUCACUGAUUAUGGAAAGAGCCGAGGAUGUCGGCUCUGUCAUGUGAUCAGCUGUGUCCAAUCACAGCUGAUCACAUGGGACAUGUACACUGGUCAUCAGGGCACUGAUGAUCAGUGUGCCCUGAUGAUCAGUGUAGCCCCAGCAGUGCCACCUGUCAGUGUCCAUCAGUGCCUUAUGUCAGUGCUCAUUAGUGCCUCGUGCCAGUGCCCAUCAGUGCCACAUCAGUGCCCAUCUGAGCUGCCUUUCAGUGUCACCCAUCAGUGUCAGUCAGUGCCACCUAUCAAUACCAAUCAGUGCCACCUAUCAGUGCUGCCAAUCAGUGCCGCCUAUCAGUGCCAGUCAGUGCGCAUCAGUGCCGCCUAUCAGUGCCUAUCAGUGCUGCCUAACAGUGCCAGUCAGUGCCGCCUAAUAGUGCCAGUCAUU